GACUUCUUGUACCUUUCAUUACCAUAUACAUACAUACAUCUAGAGAGAGAGAGAGAUGUUGGGGGAGAUAGUGGAAACGUUGGUUGGGAGGAAAGACGAAGAUGAUGAGCAGCAGAAGAAGAGGAUCAUAAAAGGAAGAGUGGUGUUGAUGAAGAAGAACGUUUUGGACUUUAAUGAUUUAGCGGCGUCGGUUCUUGACAGGUUUCAUGAACUGGUUGGACACAAAGUCUCUCUCCAACUCAUCUCUUCUGUCAAUACCGAUUCAGAGAAUAGGGUGAAGGGAAAGGUGGGAAAAGCAGCAUACUUGGAGAAAUGGAUCACAACAUUCACCUCUCUAACACCUGGAGAUUCAGCAUUUGAUGUGAGUUUUGAUUGGGAAGAAGAGGUGGGAGUUCCAGGGGCAUUCAUCAUCAACAACCUCCAUCACAGUGAGUUUUACCUCAAGACACUCACACUCGAACAUGUCCCCGGACAUUCUGGUCCUCUCCACUUUGUCUGUAACUCCUGGAUUUAUCCAGCUGACAAGUACAAGACUCACCGUGUUUUCUUUACCAAUAAGAGCUAUCUUCCGAGCGAAACUCCAGCUCCGCUUCUCCCAUACAGAGAAGAAGAACUGGUGAACUUGAGGGGCGAUGGGAGUGGGCAGCUGGAGGAAUGGGACAGGGUCUACGACUAUGCUUACUACAAUGAUUUAGGAGAUCCCGACAAGGGACAAGAUCUUGCUCGUCCCGUUCUUGGGGGAUCUUCUGAGUAUCCUUACCCUCGUAGGGGAAGAACAGGCAGACCUCCCACAAAGACAGAUCCCAAUUCGGAGAGUAGGAUUCCGCUCCUUAUGAGCUUAAACAUUUACGUACCAAGAGACGAACGAUUCGGACACUUGAAGAUGUCGGAUUUCCUUGGUUAUGGCCUAAAAUCUAUAUUCCAGUUCCUCCUCCCCGAGUUUAAGGAUCUUUGUGAGAGCAUUAGUAACGAGUUCGAUAGCUUUGAGGACGCAUGCGGAAUCUAUGAAGGCGGAUUCAAACUGCCGGAUGGCCCUCUUCUCAAAAGCAUUUACGAUAACAUCCCACUGGAGUUGCUCAAGCAACUUCUUCCUAGUGAUGGUGAGGGACUCUUCAAGUUCCCUAUGCCCAAGGUCAUCCAAGAGGAUAAAUCCGCAUGGAGAACGGACGAAGAGUUUGCAAGAGAGAUGGUAGCAGGAUUGAACCCAAUGAUAAUUAGUCGUCUCCAGGAGUUUCCUCCAACAAGUAAUCUGGACCCAGAACUCUAUGGCAAUCAAACAAGCACGAUAGCGCCACAUCAUAUACAGAAUCAGUUAGAUGGACUCACAAUUGAUGAGGCAAUAAAGACCAACCGUCUAUACAUAUUGAAUCAUCACGACUCACUUAUGCCGUAUCUAAGGAGAAUCAACACCACAACCACAAAGACUUAUGCCUCAAGGACUCUGCUUUUCCUGCAAAACGAUGGACGAUUAAGGCCGUUAGCAAUUGAACUGAGCCAACCACAUCCUGAUGGAGAUCACUUUGGUGCUGUCAGUAAAGUUUACACUCCAUCUGAAGAUGGGAUCGAAGGUUCCGUUUGGCAGUUGGCGAAAGCUUAUGCUGCAGUUAAUGAUUCUGGAGUUCAUCAACUUAUCAGCCACUGGUUACACACACACGCUGUGAUCGAGCCGGUUGUGAUUGCAACAAACAGGCAGCUCAGUGUGAUGCACCCUAUUUACAAGCUUCUGCACCCUCACUUCCGUGACACAAUGAACAUCAAUGCUGUCGCAAGGCAGGUGCUGAUUAAUGCCGGAGGGAUUCUUGAGGCUACGGUUUUUCCUGCAAAGUACUCCAUGGAGCUGUCUGCUGUGAUUUAUAAGGACUGGGCUUUCCCUGAUCAAGCACUUCCUGUUGAUCUAGUGAAGAGAGGAAUAGCAGUGCAGGACUCAAAUUCUCCACACGGCCUCCGGUUACUAAUUGAGGACUAUCCAUAUGCUGUGGAUGGACUAGAGAUCUGGUCAGCCAUAAAAUCAUGGGUAGAAGAUUAUUGCAGCUUCUACUAUGCAUCGGACGACAUGGUGCAGAAUGAUAGGGAGCUACAAUCCUGGUGGAAGGAGCUUCGGGAGAAGGGACACGCUGACAAGAAAAACGAGUCAUGGUGGCCUAAAAUGCAGACGCUAAAAGAGCUGAUAGACUCCUGCACCAUCAUCAUAUGGGUGGCAUCUGCCCUUCAUGCAGCAGUUAACUUUGGGCAGUACCAUUAUGCUGGCUACAUGCCUAAUCGCCCGACCAUAAGCCGACGGUUCAUGCCUGAACCUGGCACGAAAGAGUAUGACGAGUUGAGAACCAACCCGGAUAAGGUUUUCUUGAGAACUAUCACUGCCAGGCUCCAGACCUUGGUUGGGAUUGCCCUUAUUGAGAUAUUAUCAAGGCAUUCAUCCGACGAGAUCUACCUUGGGCAGAGAGACACCCCUGAGUGGACUGCAGAUGCACAAGUACUUGAAGCUUUUGACAAGUUUGGAAAGAAGUUGGGUGAAAUAGAGGAAGGAAUCGUAAAGAUGAACAAUGAUGGGAAAUGGAAAAAUAGAGUUGGAGCUGUCAAAGUGCCUUACACUUUGCUUUAUCCUACAAGUGAAGAUGGGCUGACUGGCAAGGGAAUUCCCAACAGUGUGUCUAUUUGAAAACUUUACUAAGUCAUCUGCAUGAGGAGACACAGACAUGAAGAUCAUGAAACACUACAAAAUAAAGAUAAAUCGAGCAAAUUGUCUUCCUAACUAUGUAAUAAUUCUUUACACAUUUACUUUCACUUGAUUUAAGAACAUCUAAUUAUGUUUGAAAUGUAUUCCAUCAUUGAUACAAUGUUCAUAUAUAGUAUUUACAUUUGUUUCCGCUGUAUUUUGAACUUUUCUUGUGAAGGCUUGGGAAGUUUGGUUUGGA